AUUUUUUAAUUUAGAUAUGUUUUUCUUGUCGCGCACCAGCACAUCAUCACCGUUCACAAUUAGGUUUUGGCCAUUUCGCAACCGCGCUAAGCUCAUGUUGGCGGCUCUCCGAUCUCGCUGCUCUUCUCUCGUCACAUCACCACCGUCACCGUCACUUCUAAACCAGUCAUGGAAGCUAGGUUUUCCUGAUUCAAGCCGCGUCUUCGCUUCCUCUCCCUCUUUAUCUUCAGCCGCCGGCGCCUAUGAUCCCUCAGAGGUUCUUACGAUUCCCGAAGUGGAGAAGAUACUCGCCGACGUGAAAGCCGAUAACGUGAUUGUGAUUCCAACUCAAAAUCAGUCUUGCUGGGCCGAUGUCACGAUCAUCGCCACCGGAAGAUCUGACUGGCACUUGAAGAAUAUCGCCCAGGCUCUAAUCUACAGGGCCAAGCAAAAGCAGAUAGGAGCCAAACAUGUAAGGCUUCCUUCUGUGCAAGGUUACAAUAGCAAAUGGAUUGUCAUAGACUACGGUAAGUUUGUAGUCCAUGCACUUGAUGAGAAGGCCAGGGUUUAUUUCAAUUUGGAGAGCCUUUGGACUACUGAAGCAAAAGCUAGUGAUAAUUCAGAAAAGGAACUACAAACCGCUUUUGUAAAGGUCCGACCAAUAAACAACUCCAAAAAGAAACCGGCGGCUAAAGUGAGUUCUUGAUCCGGCAAAGCCACUGUCCGAUGGACGAACGAUUUGUCAUAAACAUCUCGAGAGUUACUAUAGUGUAUAAUCCUAGACGGGUUAAGAAUAGAGUUAUGUAUUUUCUAUUUCACUCACCGGCGCGGGUUUAUAGAGAAUAUGGUUUCACUGAAUUAAUCUAUUUGUUUGACGGAAUUAAUUUUCAACAAGCAAAAAUAUUAAUGGUAAUAAUGCAAAAACACGUUUCAUCGCCUUCUGUA